AUUUCCGAACAACCCAUUUUUUGGGUUUACUCGGCCCCAUUCUGCCCUUCCUUCGCCUCUCGACUCUCGAGUCUCGCCUUCCUUGUUCCUCUUUUCCUAUUCUUCAAUUCUUCAGCCCAGAAAUAAAAUCGCGCGAGGGACGAAGGAUUCUUCUGCAACCUUUGACUUCCUUUCUGCACACAGAUCAGAUUGAGUAGAGGGAACCCGACGAACAGAGAGUUACUCGGCAGUGGCGGCGGCGGCGGCGGCGACGAGCAGAGGCCCUCUUGCUGCUCCAGUUCUUCGACACUUGACAAACGACGAUUUGAGCAAUCUUUACUUUGGUGAGUUCCGCUUUCUGGAAAUCAAUGGAGCUGAGUGCUUCCUCACUCUAACAGGAUUUGUUCAAGCAAUUUAUGGCAAAGUUAAAGUUGGUGAUUCUUUCUUCAUCUUUUGCUGAUGUGGUACUUAUGCGGUAAUGCCAACAAAAUACCAGCUGAAAUAUGUGAAGUCGGAUGCUUAUUGGUCCGUUAUUAGCCUGCCAGGUUGGAUCUCUAAUCGAUCUUCUUCUCCACUUCGACCCUUUCUCUGGCUUGUGGGAGCCAAAGUCUGGAUUCUGGAGAGCUUCGCCAAAUUAAAAUGCUGCACAGUACAUGUGGAAGCUGAACUGUGAGUAGUGACCGGAGCCUUUUGCGAACAAUUCCCACGUACUCAUAGGAACCCUGGCUCAAGCACAGCAAAUGGGCGCGGACAAUGAAGACGGUACCACUCCUCAAGUUGGCGAUGAGAAGGAAAAAGGCCCCAUCAUCGUCUUGCUCGUCGGUGCUCCGGGAAGUGGGAAGUCCACUUUCUGCGAGCAUGUUAUGAAAUCGUCUUCCCGGUCCUGGGCUCGUAUUUGCCAGGACACUAUUAACAAUGGCAAAGCUGGGACGAAGCCUCAGUGCCUAAAGAGUGCAGCCACUGCAUUGAAGGAGGGAAAAAGUGUGUUCAUUGACAGAUGUAAUUUGGACAAAGAACAGCGUGCUGAGUUUCUGAAGCUUGAUGGUUCCACAAAAGAAGUGCAUGCUGUUGUGCUUGAUUUUCCUGCUCAGGUUUGUAUAUCCCGGUCUGUGAAACGCACUGGGCAUGAAGGGAAUCUUCAAGGUGGGAAAGCUGCUGCAGUUGUAAAUAGAAUGCUACAGAAGAAGGAACUGCCUCAGCUUACUGAAGGCUUCAAAAGAAUAACGUUUUGCCAGAAUGAUAGUGAAGUUCAAGCUGCAAUUAAGGUGUACAGUGCACUUGGUCCUGCAGAAACCCUCCCAAAUGGUUGUUUUGGGCAGAAAACCCCGAAAGCCAAAGUCCAACUUGGAAUUAUGAAGUUCUUAAAGAAAGUUGAGGUUCCUGCCAAUGAAGAUUCACCAUCAUCACAUAUAGUUCAGAUUCCUGUGCAUGAAACUGUUGACGUGGAAAAAAAUCAACGCCCCGCGGGACAAGAAAGCAGUUCUUUGUUGUCUGGAGGUGCUAACAAAAAUAUCCAAGAAUGUCAGGACCCACAUAAGCACGUUGUUGAUGCUUCUGUGAGCAGUGUACCCACACUUGCAUUUCCAUCCAUUUCAACGUCAGAUUUUCAGUUUGAGAAUGAGAAGGCUUCUGAUAUUAUUGUUGAAAAGGUUGAAGAGUUUGUGAAUAAGAUCAGGAAUGCAAGACUUGUUCUUGUGGACUUAAGCCACAGGUCAAAGAUAUUGUCAUUGGUUAAGGGCAAAGCUGCUCAAAGAAACAUAGAUUCAAAUAAGUUCUUCACUUUUGUUGGAGAUAUAACUAAACUCUAUUCUCAAGGUGGUUUAAGGUGCAAUAUCAUAGCUAAUGCCGCCAACUGGCGGCUUAAACCUGGAGGUGGAGGUGUGAAUGCUGCAAUCUUCAAUGCCGCUGGUCCAGCUCUUGAGGUUUCCACAAGGGAUUGUGCAAAAUCUCUGCUCCCUGGACAUGCUGUAGCUGUUCCUCUCACUUCAGACUCACCGUUAUAUACCAGGGAAGGAGUGACCCAUGUUAUACAUGUACUGGGCCCGAACAUGAAUCCUCAAAGACCCAACUGUCUCAAUGAUAAUUACGCUAAAGGAUGUGAAGUUCUUCGUGGAGCUUAUACAUCACUUUUCGAAAGUUUUGCAUCUCUAGUGAAGACCCAGGUCACUGAAGUGGGAACAAGUGGUCAGAAUCCUGCAGGCCUUAAAAGCCUGUCGUCUAUCACUGAGCAAAAGAAUAAAAGAGAUGACGAGUGCGACUCUGAAAGGAGAAAAAAGUACAAGGGUAUGCAGGGUGAUGAAAAGAUGAGCGAAGAGAACAGAAGGAAUGUUGUUUCAAAAACUUGGGGUUCGUGGGCACAAGCUCUAUACGAUAUUGCCAUGCAUCCUGGGAGGCAUGAAGGUCAAUUGCUGGAGGUGUGUGACGAUGUGGUCGUGCUGAAUGAUCAAUAUCCAAAGGCAAAAAAGCAUCUGUUAGUGUUGAGCUGCCAGCGAGGUCUUGACCAACUUGCUGAUGUGAAUCAAGAACACAUUGAGCAAUUGAGGACGAUGCAUUCCGUGGGGUUGAAAUGGGCAGAAAGCUUCCUGCAAGAAGAUUCAUCCUUGGUCUUCCGGCUGGGCUAUCACUCAGAACCCUCAAUGCGACAACUACACUUGCACGUCAUUAGCCAAGACUUCGACUCGGGCCAUCUGAAGAACAAGAAGCAUUGGAACUCUUUCAAUACUGCCUUCUUUCGAGAUUCGGUUGAUGUGAUGGAAGAAAUCAGCAGUCAAGGUAAAGCAACGGUAAGCAAUGAUAAUGAGAAGCAUUUGUCGAUGGAGCUGCGUUGUCAUCGAUGUAGGAGUGCACACCCUAACAUUCCCAGGCUAAAGUCGCACGUCAAACAAUGUCAAGCUCCAUUCCCUUCUCAGCUGCUCGAGAAUGGCCGAUUGGUAUUCCAAAGUAUUCUGUGACACAUGCAUGGCCGUUGGGCCAAAGGGACAUGUACACGUCGACGACGUCGUCAUUGUCUUUGCCAACUUGUCUGGUCUAGGUUUUGUUCAGGGAAGGUGUUUUCCUUUGCUGGCUGUUUUUGGUUUUGUUGUUGCCGAGAAAUUUGGUGGACAUUAGUCCUUGGGAGCCAUUUUUGUGUUCAUUCAUCGUUCGGACCCCAGAAGGAAGAAAGGUUAUGAAAGAAUUUAAAAAUUGAAAUGUUAUGCUUCACAGAAGAAAGGUUAUGGAUGACUAGAAGCAUAACAAAUGGCAUUCCUGGCUGGGGAACAUAGUCCUCCUCCUCGGGGUAGGAUUUGUCAUCAC